UUUUAAGCGCACAUAGUCAUGUCUUUAACCAGCUCCUUUGCAACCCCGUUACUUUUGCUUUUAUGUGUUGUUUUAUUCUCAGUUACUGUUGCAGAAGAAUGCGAAGUGUGUGAGGAGUUUUUGGGGCGGCUUUAUAACUCACUGGUGAUUAGACACACAGAGUUGUCGCCAGAGCUGGUGGAGGAGGGUCUGAUCAGAGCAUGCACUGAGACUACUGGGAAAGAGAAUCGGCUUUGCUAUUACUUAGGAGCCUCCAGUGAUGCUGCAGCCAAAGUGACAGGUGAGGUGAGCCGCCCCCUCAGUGCACAUGUUCCUGUCUACAAAAUCUGCCAAAAACUUCAGCGAAGGGAUGGCCAGAUCUGCGAGCUCAGAUAUGACCGUCCAGUUCUUGACUGGAGCAGGGACGCUUUGUCUAAAAUGCGAGUGUUGGAUCUGAAGAGAGUCUUGGCCUCGUGGGGGGAGGAGUGCAGAGCCUGUCUGGAGAAGAGUGAAUUUAUCAAUCUCAUCCAGGAGGUGGCUCCCAAACACAGCACAGCGCAGCACAAAGCACACACGGAAGAGUUCUGAGGGCCUCCUCGUGCAGCUCUGUGCUGGGGAGACAGAGCUCUGAUGAGAGGGCCUCCUCGUGCAGCUUCAUGCUGGGGACACGCUGCACGAGCAGCUGUACUCUCAGGGACACUUAUGAAAUUGCACUGAGACUCCUAACUUAUAAUGCUUUUCAUAAUAUUAGUUAUAGUAGCCAUGUGCAAUAUGUGCCACUUCCCCAGUGUCUCAUUCUCCUGUACCGCUGUAAGCAUUUCUCUCACAAACUCAGAAUAAAUCAAUUAAGCUUUA